GCGGGGGGGCCGCGCCCCGCUUCCCUCGUUAAACGCGCCCGCCGGAUACGCGCCGCGGCGCGGUUGAAAGCUAUCCGGCCCCCGGGCGGGAGGCGCGCGCGAUUGGCCGCCGCGUCGAGCGCACCGUAACCGAUAGCCAAUCGCUCGCGGCCCCGAGCACGCCCCCCCGGCCGAUCCCGGCGCGCGCUCGGUCGCCGGCUCAAACGGCGCGCGACUCCGGCGCGCACACUCGCACCGAUGCGCGGCUCCUGGGACGAGUCCACGACGGCGGCGCUGCACGCGCGCAUCCUGGAGGCGCAUCGCGGGCCCGCCGCGGCCGAUCGCGCCGCCGAGCCCGCAGCUUGCGCCGACCCGCCUGCACCGCUUACGCUCGGCUCGCUCGAGCUGGCUGCUCCGACACCACUGCUGCCGCUGCCCACGCUCUCCUUCAGCGCCGCUCAGGUGGCCACCGUCUGCGAGACGCUAGAGGAGAGCGGGGACGUGGAGCGGCUGGCGCGUUUCCUGUGGUCGCUCCCGGUCGCACACCCCAACGUCGCCGAGCUGGAACGCUGUGAGGCCGUGCUUCGGGCGCGGGCAGUUGUCGCCUUCCAUGCGGGACGACAUCGCGAGCUCUACUCUAUUCUCGAGCGACACCGGUUCCAGCGCUCGAGCCACGCGAAGCUUCAGGCGUUGUGGCUGGAAGCGCACUACCAGGAAGCGGAGCGACUUCGCGGUCGCCCGCUCGGGCCUGUCGACAAGUACCGGGUGCGGAAGAAGUUUCCUCUUCCGAGGACAAUUUGGGACGGCGAGCAGAAGACUCACUGUUUCAAGGAGCGAACGAGGUCGCUCCUGCGGGAGUGGUAUUUACAAGAUCCUUAUCCAAAUCCAACGAAAAAACGUGAACUCGCAGCGGCUACAGGACUGACACCAACUCAGGUGGGCAACUGGUUCAAGAACCGACGACAGCGAGACCGCGCGGCAGCCGCCAAGAACCGCUCCGCAGUGCUCGGCAGAGGGUUCGCGUCUUCCUCCACCUACGACGAGGACUCGGCUGACUCGGAGAUCAACGUGGACGAGGAGUAGCGAGUUGGCCAGUUCACAGACUGAUAGUGUAAAUAUAACCGGUGACGACUCGGUCGCGCCGUCGGACGUCUCAGUGCGGUUUCGGCAUGGACCUGUCUCGAGCAGCUAGUCACGGGUUCCGUGAUGUAUGUGAUGUUGAGGCGAUGUAAAGUUCACUAGGUAUUAUUGUCCUUGUGUGUUGAGCGAGUGCUUGAAGCUAUGUCGGCAUUUCAGCAUCAGGUAUGUACAAGUUCAGUGAAUUCAGAGAUCGUCUCGAUGACGUAGAGUUCCGUUCGUGAUGAACUUCAAUGAGGAUAAGACAGGGUUGAUUUAUAGAUUUAAUUUCGGUGGCGAGUUCUCACCCACGCGUCAGUAAAUAGUUUAUUUAUUAAAUAAUCCACAAUUUAUUUAUCUUAGAUAAUAUCUAUAUCGUCUGAGGCAUUUAUCCAAAUUUUUAUUCGCUACCAUUUUGUAUUAACGAAGAGAAUUUAUUUAUCAAAAUAUGUUUUACUUGUAAUAUAUUAUUAAUCUGUAGAUAAUUUCGUGGUAUAUAGUACGUAUUACUAUAGAAGGCUUGUACCUGACGUAUUUGACUUCGAUUUAUUAGACGGCUAGGUUCUAAUUGUACGUUGUAACAAGAAAUG